GCGUCAAGUCGCCGCAUCGAAGCAGGUGGAGGAACUCGGAAGUGAGGCGCUGCUCGCCCCAAAGAUGGUGUCUUCCUCGACGUAGUGUCAUAUAAACAGACGAAAUAUGAGUGUUUAACAUAUAAUCUAAAGGCGACAAAUUGACAUAUGUAACAUGUGAAGGUGUGACUAGUCCUGAGAAUUAACAAGCUGCCUCUGAAGGCGGACAGUAUGUUUCCCAGCAGAACCGACGGAGGCUCCUACACGGAUAAUCUCAUUGGGACUUUACUUGCUAUAUUUGGAAAUGUGCUCGUCAGCAUCUCCUUAAGUGUUCAGAAAUUCAGCCACGUGACGUUAGCAGGCACCAAGGACCCCCGUGCCUUCUACCGCUCUAAGACCUGGUGGUGCGGCUUCGUCCUCACCUGCCUCGGCGAGGGCGCCAACUUCGUCUCUUAUGCCUUCGCCCCCCUUUCUCUCGUAGCACCUCUAAAUGCCGUGUCUGUGCUUGCAAGCUCAAUUUUGGGCCUUAUUUUUCUGCGUGAGAAAUCGAAGCCAAAGGACUUUGCAAAGCAAUAUGGGCUGUCGUUCCUGGGCAGUAUCCUAACCAUAGGAGGAACGUACCUCUUCGUGUCAUUCGGACCAAACUCUCAUGAAAAACUCAAAGCGGAAAACAUUGUGACGCACAUGGUGGGAUGGCCUGUUCUCUUGUAUCUGCUCCUGGAGAUCAUCACAUUCUGCCCGCUUCUAUACUUCUACAAACAGCGUCGCGCUAACUACCUCGUUAUCAUUCUGCUGCUGGUCGCUCUGCUGGGCUCUGUCACAGUCAUAACAGUCAAGGCAGUGUCAGGCAUGUUGAUUCUCACCAUCGAAGGCACCAUGCAGCUCAACUACCCGAUCUUCAGCGUCAUGUUUGUGUGCAUGGUGGCUUCAGCGGUCUUCCAGGCCAAAUUUCUCUCCCAAGCUUGUAAGCUGUACGAUUGCUCUUUGAUUGCCAGCGUCAACUACAUCCUCUCCACUGUCUUUGCCAUAGUAGCUGGAGCUGUGUUUUACUUAGAGUUUAAGAAUGAAGACGUCCUUCACAUCUGCAUGUUUUUGUUGGGAUCUGCAUUCUGUUUCGUGGGGGUCUUCCUCAUCACCAAAAACAGGAAAAGGACCAAGACCUUUGAGCCGUGUGUAACUAUGGAUAUGACCAAUGGUGUCCCAACUAUUCAUGACAAAGGCUUGGUAGACUUCAAUGGCUCUUUCUCUUAUGGAGCUCUGGUCAACAAUGAUGGAGUGGCUCCUGCUAAUGUACCAGUCGACCUGGAACAACCACCAGUCAGCUCAAGAGCCACCAAAGCAUCUGACCUCAAGAAAGACUAAAAGGGCGGACUUCUUAAGGACAUUGAAAGGCCAACAUGGGCACAUUCCGUUUUCUUUUUUUUCCCCAAAUAUUCACGAGACCAAACUCCAGCCCAGUAGGGGUGUUGUACUGUAGAUGUUAUUUCACUCUGCCUUACACUCCUCCUCACAUGCUCUCCUUUCUGAAAUCUCUAAACCAAAACCUUGAAAAGCAUGUCUUUUUUUUUUUUUUGGAGAAGUUGUCAGCUGUAUUUAUUCAGAUAAUGAAGGGAAGAAACCUGAAGCUGCUGCUGCUGAACGUUGUUGUGGAUUCACAGCGUCAGAAAUAUGGCAGCAGAGACAGUGUGGUGCCUUGAAGCUUACUGCCUGUACUCUUUGUUUGCUUUGAGAUGUAAGGACUCACCUCCGUGACUCUCAUUUUGGAACACACGGUGAUCUGUUACUCAUCAAAUCCAGGUUUCUUACCAACAAUGUUGUAUUAUGUAGCUGCAGACCUUUUCAGAGGACUUGCCAAUGAACAUUUUAACUUUAAAACAUCUGUCUUAUAUGCACAGAUUUAACUCCAUUUUCUGCCAGUUAUUCUUGGAAAUUCAUCGUAUUAUUGCUUUUCCUGACGUGACCAAACAAUGGGUGCAAUUUUUCUAAUUUAUUGUAUUUAUUAAUUUUCAACUAUGCUUUUAGUGUGCCUUAUAAAGUAGCUGUACAUUGGAUCACUAACUGGAAGGUGGCACAAAACCAACUGGAAUAAAAAAUCUGAAACUAUUAAAAAGAAUGUGAUACCACGUUGACUCAGAUACAAGAAGAGUGAAUCACGUUCCAAUCUUAAAAUUACUGAUAAGCUGUAAAACUAGGUGAAUCUGUACUGUAAGUAUAGAAGGGUACUCUAUUGUAGAAAGUCUACAUUUUGUUUUUAGAUUUAGAUCAUUUUGAUUGCCUCUUUAAAAUGAUGCCUUGAUGUUUCUGAUGUCAAACAAACCAAGAAAUGAAACUAAAAGUAUGCAGUUAAUGUUGCUGAAGUACACUGUUUGUAGUAUUUGUAGUACAAUGUGUUUUUUGUAAAUAUCAAAUAUAAUGCAGCAACAAGCAACAUGUCUACGAAGCCUUCUGUGAUUAAGGACUUGGAGUGCUUUAAGUACUUCGUUAUGAAUCGAUGGCUGCAUAACUUGGAUCCACUCCUCCUCUACAUAAUGUGGCAGUUCAUUUCUACAGUGUUAAUAAAACAGAGUCUUCUCUCAGUU